AUGAUCCACUGGAGUCUGGCUGUCUGGAGGAAGGUGCAGGAGCUCAGUUUGGCGCAGCAAUACAUCAAUGACAACGGCACCUGCAAGUUCAUCAAGAAGGUCUUCGCCCUCCCGUUCCUUCCUUCAGAGCACAUGGAAGCAGCCUUCGACGGUCUUAGAAGAGGAACACAAGUUCAAGGACUGGUGACCCUCAUGGACUAUGUGGACCGCACCUGGAUGAGGAGCAGCGUGUGGUCUGUGAACGCCUGGUCAGUCUUCAACCAGAGUGUGAGGACCAACAACGAUGUGGAGGGAUGGCAUCAUCGACUGAACCACCGUGCCCUUGGAACAGCCCCUCCCUUCUACAAGUUGGUUCCCAUGCUCCACACUGAAGCCAGGCUGGUUCCUCUGACAUGCCGGUUCGUCUCAGAUAGGAAGAUGCGACGGCGACAGAGGAAGGCUUUCAGGAAUCGGCAGGGGAAAAUUUUCGAACUGUGGGGACGCUACACAGAUGGUGAAGUGUCCACUUCGAGAUUCCUGUCUGCCUGUGGAAAGCUGUUAGAAUGGCACCGCCAAGUGGCAUUCACCAUUCAACCUGAACAGGAUAAAGAUGAUUAUCUCUAG